AUGACGUCUGAUGUUGUUGGAAAGGCAGACCCAUAUGCAACAUUUCGUGUAGCGGAAGUUAAAAAGAGAACUAAAACAGACAAACGAGGUGGACAACAUCCAGAAUGGGACGAAGAAGUGAGAUUUGAUAUUACAGAUGAACCAAAAAGCAAGAAAUUGGAGGUAGAAAUUUAUAAUGAAGAUGUCCGAGAAGAUGAUUUUAUCGGAAGUGCGAGAGUUGAUUUACAAAAGGUUUUGAGUAAAGGCGAACAAGAUGAAUGGUUCGAAAUUAAAUCUCGUGUAAACAAAUAUGCCGGCGAAAUUCUACUUGAAAUGACAUUUUACGAUACAAAUGCCUUGCCCAAAAAGCCAAAUUCAACUCCAUCUAAAAAUUCAAAUCUACAAUAUUCGCAAACAAACAAACCAGCCUCUUAUCCCAUUACAAAUAAUCAAUUUACGUCACCUCCUAUAGUUAAUAAUUUAAUAGCUUCUCCUCCAACGCAAUCAUCAAUGUAUCCUCCUCCUGUUUCACAAUCAACACCGUUAUAUCCACCACCACCAACACAAUAUCCUCCACAAACUUCUUCUUAUGUUCCAGGUUAUCCUUCUUAUUCUUCUCCUCCUCUUAAUACAAAUACUAGUUCAGCACAAGUUGGUGGCUCAAAUUCGUUAGGAUUUCCAAUACCUUUACCUACACCUAAUGUAUCUACUAAUUUAUCAAAUGUAUCUACUAUGAGUUAUUAUAAUCAAGGAAAUUCUUACCCUUCCACUGGUCAACAUUGA